GCUGGGACCCCCCCCACCCCAGCUCCGCCGCGCUUUACGGCCCUGCGAGGGGGCACGUCAACAGCUAUGGCGGAAGGGGAAGAGGCGCAGCCGCCGCCGUCGAGCAGCUGGGAAAAAGAUCUCGCAGAUGCACUGGAAGAAGGAGGCUGUGAUCUUGAAACCGUGAGAAACAUCAUUCAAGGAAGGCAGUUACCUCCAGAUCUGAGAGCCAAAGUCUGGAAGAUUGCCCUUAAUGUUGUAGGAAAGGGGGACAGCCUAGCAUCCUGGGAUGGCUGUUUAGACCUACCAGAACAGACUAUAAUUCAUAAGGAUUGCCAAGAGCUAAUUGACCAGUUGUCAGUGCCAGAGGAGGAGAAGUCAGUAUUACUGCUGGAUAUUGAGUCUAUUAUUACUUUUUAUUGUAAAUCACGCAAUGUUAAAUACAGUUCUUUCCUCGGCUGGAUACAUCUACUCAAACCUCUGGUGCACCUUCAUUUGCCACGCAGUGAUUUGUACAACUGCUUUUAUGCUAUCAUGAAUAAAUUCAUUCCAAGGGAUUGUUUUAUGAAGGGAAGACCGUUUCAUCUAUUUAGGCUGCUUCUGCAGUACCAUGAGCCUGAACUCUGCUCCUUUCUUGAUACUAAGAAGAUGACUCCAGACUCAUAUGCACUCAACUGGCUUGGAAGCCUCUUCUCAUAUUACUGUUCAACUGAAGUCACUCAGGCAAUAUGGGAUGGAUAUCUACAACAAGCAGAUCCAUUCUUUAUUUAUUUCUUAAUGUUAAUCAUCCUUGUCAAUGCAAAAGAUGUUAUCUUAGCACAAGAAUCAGAUAAAGAAGAAAUGAUCAAAUUCUUAGAAACCUCACCAGCCAAUCUUGAUUUAGAGGAUAUAGAAGAUCUGUUCUCUUUGGCACAAUAUUACUGUAGCAAAACUCCAGCUUCUUUCAGGAAGGACAACCACAAUCUUUUUGGCAGCAGCUUGCUGGGCCUCAAGGAUGAUGACACAGACUUGAGCCAGGCUCUCUGUCUAGCAGUUUCUGUGUCUGAGAUUCUUCAAGCAAAUCAGCAACAAGGAGAAGGAGUAAGGUUCUUUGUAGUGGAUUGUCGUCCUGCAGAGCAAUACAAUGCUGGGCAUUUAUCAACAGCAUUUCAUUUAGACUCGGAUUUGAUGCUUCAAAACCCAUCCGAAUUCGCACAGUCUGUAAAAUUCCUACUAGAAGCACAAAAACAGUCUAUUGAGUCUGGCUCCAUAGCUGGUGGGGAACAUCUCUGCUUCAUGGGAAGUGGCAGGGAAGAAGAAGAUAUGUACAUGAACAUGGUUCUAGCACACUUCUUACAGAAAAAUAAGGAGUACGUAAGCAUUGCCAAAGGAGGAUUUAUGGCCCUCCAGCAGCACUUAGCAGAUAUCAAUGUGGAAGGACCAGAAAAUGGAUAUGGUCACUGGAUUGCUAGUACCUCAGGCUCAAGAAGUAGCAUAAACUCUGCUGAUGGUGAUUCUCCUAAUGGUUCAAGUGAUGGAAAAGGAGUAAAGUCUCUGGUGAAUAAAAUGACAGUUGCUCUAAAGACCAAGUCUGUGAAUGUGAAAGAAAAGGUUAUUAGUUUUAUCGAGAAUACAUCUACUCCAGUGGACAGAAUACCUUUCAAUAUUCCCUGGCCAGACAGAGCAAGCCUGGAGCGACAUGUCAGCAGCAGUGACAGAGUAGGAAAACCCUACCGUGGUGUGAAACCAGUAUUCAGCAUUGGAGAUGAAGAAGAAUACGAUACUGAUGAAAUUGAUAGCUCCUCAAUGUCAGAUGAUGAUCGAAAAGAGGUCGUCAACAUCCAAACAUGGAUAAAUAAACCUGAUGUGAAGUUUAACUUUCCCUGUAAUGAAGUAAAAGAAAAUGGACACAUGUUUCCCAGUCAUCUCCUGGUAACAGCAACUCAUAUGUACUGUUUGAGAGAGAUUCCAUCACGAAAGGGACUGGCUUACAUACAGUCUCGACAGGCACUCAACUCUGUAGUCAAAAUCACAUCCAAGAAGAAACACCCAGAACUGAUCACCUUUAAAUAUGGAAAUAGCAAUACUUCAGGCAUAGAAAUUUUGGCAGUUGAAAGGUAUUUGAUUCCAAAUGCAGGUGAUGCUACCAAAGCCAUAAAACAACAGAUCAUGAAAGUAUUGGAUGCCUUGGAGAGUUAAUAACUAAAGACUUUAUAGAGAACUGUUUAUAAAGAAGAAGCAACCAAGAUACUGUACUGUAUGUGGAUGCAAGCUGACUGUUUCCCAACUGAAUACUAACUUAAGAGAAUUUUUCUUCUUGCUGAUGGAAAUGCCUGAGUAGCAGGCUUAAGAUAGGGUAAAUUAUUGUCAAUUUCUAAACAGGAUUUUUAAUUUUUUAUUCCUUUUUUUGUUUCAAAGAAAUGUUCAUUAUAAAGGUCAGUUUGUUUCAUUUUUAGUGCAGCCUUAAGGUGAGGGAUCUGCAUCUUUGCAAGAGAAGAUGCAGCUGGGUUUGUAUUCACUAUGUUAAAAGAAUGAAGCACUGCCAGAUACAGAGAAGUAAUUUGAAAGCAGAAUGUUUUUUAAGUUACUGUCUUUGAAAGUAAAAUGUCUUCAUUGCCUAAAAGCCAUAAAUUUGAUUUUACCUACUGGAUAGUAUCAAGGACUUAGGUUUAUGAGCAGAGCAGAUAAAAAUGUUAGAAAUACUGGUUUCUUCUCAUUAAAAAUGGUUAAGUCCAUCUUGAGCUGCAGAUUAAAAAAUGCAAGCAUUUUGGUAAAAUUAACGUUUUUAAGUCUUAUCAACUACUAAGUUAAAUAGUUGGAACUGGUGAUAAGGGUAUUUUUAAAUACCAAAAUUAACUGAGCACAAUAAGCUUUUACUACAGGGUGGUGAUUUUUAUUUACGCAAACUUUUUCAUUUUGUAUGUUGAGGCUGUUUCUCUUAUAAGGAUGAGUGUGUGCAUUUCUAUUUAAGUUAAUGCUUCAUGACAGAAUGACAGUGGAAAACAUUACCUUGCUGCUUCAAAGCAAAAUGUCUAAGAUAACGAGACCUUUAGAAAACCUUCAGUUCAGCACAGAAAUGAUUAUAUGCUGAUUGAAGCAAGAAAAUAAUGCACACAAAUAAAGUGAAGAGAUUCAAGUGCUACAUCAUAGAGCUACCUGUGACACACAUUAUUCGUGUUGCCUUUGGUUUAAGCAUUUAUGUUCUUUUAACUAACAUCUAAAUUAGUUCAUGUUUGAGAGGUGGUGACUGUGAUUGUUUAUCAGCAGUUCUCCACUUGUUUCAAGAACAGUUCUCUUGUUAAAAAGUGUAGUUCACUAAUGUCCUUAUGGCCAAGGCAGAGUAUCUUUGUAGACUGAUGUGGAAAUUACCAAAAACUGUGAAAUGUAGAUAAUAGGAACUAGCUUUGCUGUGUGAAGUCUUCUCAGUAUUUGAAUCAAAAUUUGUUAUUUGGUACCUCAAUCAGGAGGUAAGACAAAGUAAACUGACCUUUAUAAGAAACAGUUAUUCUAAGUUAUUUUACUAGGAAUCAAGCUAGGGCACCUUAAUUCUGGACCUAACUCCUUUGGUUUUUUUUCUUCUUAGUAUCUGAGUAAACACUUGAACUGUUGAAGAUAUUUGCAUGAAAUUGCACCUGGGCCAAUACUUAAGUAUUUAUAGUUUUGCCCAGCAGCUGUUGUAUUACAUUUUCCUCUUCCUACUCCCUUCUGAAAAUAUCCUGAAGAGUCUCUGACUCUGUGCCUACUUCAGCAAUGAGAUUUUUUUCAUGUAAAGAUGUUUGUGUUACUGUUUAUAAACUCCAGUUGUAAAUAAACCAGUACAAUUUGAACAAAACUGGUUCUGUCAGAAAGCUUUAGUUGCAUAUUCUAUGAAGUCUCUGAAUCAAUUAACAGUUUCUCCUAAAGGUAUUUUGUAAAUGGAAGUGAGUUUGGUUUUUGGAGAUAAAGAAGCUGGUUAUGAAUCAUAGGAAGCUACUGUCAGUGACAUCUCUUAAUGCAAGUAUUUUGGAACUUAGACUAAUUUCAUUAAAUAUUUUUUGGUAGGCAUUCAUAAAAGGUCAGAAUGAGUUAGCAGUUUGUAAAAUUAUGCAAGAAAGGGUAUCUGCAUAAAUUCCAGACUUCUCAGCAUCAUAAUGUUAUAUUAUGAAAAUGUUGACAAAAUGAUAAUUUCUCCUUGUUGGGGACAGACAGACAGACAAAACAGUGAAAAGUACACUAAGUUGUUAAACAGAUGUAUUUGGGUAUGGAAAUGUAAAGUGGGUAAGAUAUACCCUUCUUCAUGAGGACAACAAAUACAGAUCUUUUAGGUCUACAUUAAGAAAAACUCUUAAAUCUCUUCUGUGCAAAAAUACGUAAUUCAAGCCAUUAAGAGGCUACUUACUUGUAAUGUUUAAGGCAAUGUGCAGCUUCUCAAAGACCCCCUAAUCUUACAAGGCUCAGUCCAAGCUAUGAAUAAUUUCAGUGGUGUUUUACACAUCUCUACCCACAAUUUAAAGGCUACUUUUGACUCCUAGUGUACAUAUCUGUAGUUGCUGUGUUUAUAACAAAACUUGUAUUGGUAAGCAGAAAUUCCAGUUACGGUGAUGGAGUGACAAUUUUUUAAAAGAAAAAAUACCACGUUCCUUCCUGUGCUUUUCAUCUUCAAGGAAUUAUUUUUUAUUAUUUGCCAGAGGUUUGCAGGCUCUUGUUUCAUUUUGCAUGCACUGCUGUCUUUAUUGUUGAAUGACAGCCACGGUGUUGCUGGGGUUUUAAUUUUUAUUUAUUUUGUCAAUAGAAAUCAGCUCUGUAGCAGCCAAGAAACACUCAGAAUAAGCUCUCCUGCUAAAUGAAAGCUUUUACCUUUUGUGUUCCAUUGCCAGGUCAGUGCUUUAGUGCUCACUGCUGGCUCUUCAAUUGUUUCACAGAUAUUUUUUUUUUUUGGUUCUGAUCUGUAGGGGGAAUUUGUGCAGAACUGUAUGUUUAUUACCCACCCAAAAUACUCUUGACUGUUGGAGAAAUUUUUAUUUACCAAGUCUUCUCCAGAACAAGUUACUUGCUGUUCUCUCAUCUUAGUUCUUGUUGGACUAGACAUUGGUUUCGGCAAUAUAUUUAACUUUCCCUUCCACUUGCAUAUUGCUUGUGCUUUCAAAACUUUUGAUACUGUCAAAUAACCUUUUUAUAAUAUAGAUUUAGUCUAUUGAAUGCCUGAAAAGUUUCCACUUUUGAGGAAUUUGGAGGGUGAUACUUUGUAACCUGUUCUUUUAUAUGUACUUAGUGCUUUCACAUAUUUUUGUUUUGAAACUUGAAAAAAAUACACUGUAUCUGUCUGAAC